AUGUCGGUGACAUCGACUCGUUGGCUGUUCUUUUGUCUACUUUUUGUCAUCACUCUGUCUUUUGAUAUGAUUGAUGUUCCUGAAGUAUGCAGACCACAACUGCAAACAGCGAACUGCUGGUAUUACAGACCGAAUUAUGUCUACAACCACCUUCUUGAUCGGUGCAUCUGGAGCGGUUGGAGUUCAUGCAAUUCAGAACUGAACAGUUUCAGCACCCGGCGCCAGUGCGAGAGAAUCUGUCUUGGGAGUCGCCGACGCGGCAGUCCCAACCUCCACGAACGCGACGAAUACUACUCGCCGGGAUUUUACGAGGAGACGCCGUCGAGAAGAUAUAGGCCCUACGAGGGACACCAAAUUGACUAA